AUGACGACUCAAUCCGCUCUUCCUCCGCUCAGCACGUUCUCAGACUCAGGCGUACCUCCAAAUGUCAGUACAGGCUACACUACCCUCGUCUGCUUACACGGGUUCAUGUGGCAUGGAGCGUCCUUCGCGAAGAUGCUCCCUCUCGCCGGCCAGCAUAACGCGCGGGUCAUCGCAGUGAAUCAACUCGACUACCCCGGAUCGGCGACGCACUCGCCUGAAGAGCUCGCUGUACUCCAGCGCGCCGUCGCCGCCACCCCCGAUGACGGCGAAGCCGCGGCGGAGAUGCUCGCGUACUGGCGCGCCCGCGCCCGCGACGUCUUCGACUACCUCGUUGCGCUCGUGCGCGAGAAGGGUAUCCCGCCUAUGCAGGGAGAUAAGGGGGGCAUCGUCCUCGUCGGCUGGUCGUUCGGCACACUCUGGAUGUCCGCAUUCCUCGCGUUCCUCUCCGAGUUCGACGACCCCAAAGGCGUAGAGCUCAACAAGUACCUCCGCCGGGUCGUCUUGUACGACGGCGGCUGGUUCUUCCUCGGCACCGCACCGCCCACCCCCUCCCCAUACUCUCCCGCGUCCGACCCCGCGUUAACGGAACGCAGCGCGCUCGUGCCCGUGUUCGACCGGUGGCUCUGCAGCUACUACCCGCACACCUACCCGCCCACCGCCGAGGCGCUCGUGCAGUCGACCGCCGCGCCGCUCGCGGACCCCGCGCCCGCGGAGGGCGACCGUGCGUCUGCGCGCCACGCGCCCCCGGAGGACUUCCACCCGCAGGACUGGCUGCUCAUCGGGGCGUCGCUGAAGCAGGGCACGCCCCGGACGCUCAAGGCGCGCGCGAUGUUCUCCGCCCCGGCGGACUCGAAGUGGAGCGCGCUGCGGGUGGAGUGCGUGUUCUGCGCGCAGUCGUACUGGGAGCCCGUCUGGGGCGCGCACCAGCUCGAGCGGGAGCUCACGGAGGCGAGGCGGGCAGGGAAGCCCGCGAGAGAGGUCACCUUCCUGCGCGUGGACCGCGUGAACCACUUCGCGCAUUGGGUGGUACCGGAGAAGAUACUGAAGGUGUUCUUGGGAACUCGUUAA